AUGAAUACAGAUCUCUGGAACUACAUCAUCUACUCUGCAUUUGCUAUCAUAUCAUACCUCAUUCUAGUCUCCUCCCUUCGCUUCCAACGAGUCAACGCCCUCCGUAAAACAUACAGCAAAUACCAAACUAGACAAUCCCUAUCUUCCAUGACCGACAGUGAUGCCUGGACUAUCCAGAAGAACAUACUCCAGCUCGAGUUUCCUUUUAUCUCGUUGAAAUCUCUCCAAUUCGCCCUCUUUAGAACAUACGGCAUCCCAACCAUCUCCUCCCUGCUCCUCAAGACAUCCCAGUUAUCAGACACUGCCACUUCCUUCAAGCGCUACGCAGACACUGGCACCCUCAUCGGCGAGUUCAUGGCCUUCCAUCCAUCUUCAGAUCGUGCACAUACAGCCAUCGCUCGCACGAAAUGGUUACACACGGGAUACAGAGCUAGUGGUAGUAUUCUCGAAGAGGACAUGCUCUACACGCUUAGUCUGUUUGCAUGUGAACCUAUUCGCUUCAUUGAAGAAUAUGAAUGGCGCAGUUUGACGGAGUUGGAAAAGUGUGCUAUAGGUACAUACUGGAAGAGUCUGGGUGACGCGUUGAGUAUUAGCUAUGAGUGUCUUCCGUCAGGCAAGAUCGGAUUCAGAGACGGGAUUCAUUGGCUUGAAGAGGUGGGAGCUUGGAGUGCAGAAUAUGAAGCUGCGAAUAUGCAUCCUCAUCCGAGGAAUAAGGAAAUUGCAGAUAAAACAAUGGACGUGCUGGUCUACGCUCUCCCGUCGUGGCUGAAGCCAGUCGGGGUAUAUUUCGCUUCGUUCAUCAUGGACGACAGGCUUCGAAAAGCAAUGAUGUACUCCCCACCGCCCCCUCAAUACAAUCACAUUUUCAACACCCUCAUAUCAACCCGCAAAUUCCUCCUCCGCCAUCUCGCCCUCCCCCGUCCAUACUUCCUCCGCUACGAAGCCUUCACCGAGUCCCCUGACUCCAAAAGCCGCCAUUUCAUGCUCGCCUGGAACGGAUACCCGUAUUACGUGCAGCCGACGCUGUGGAAUCGGUACGGCCCGUCUGCGUGGUUCGCGCGUGCGAUGGGAUUACCCCUGCCUGGUGAUGAAGGUGAGAAAUACUACCCGCAUGGAUAUCGAGUGGAGGAUCUAGGGCCGAGAUAUUUCGAGGGAAAAGGGAGGGCGCAGAUUGACGGGAUCAAAGAGGGGUUGGGCGUGCAGAGGAGGGGGCAGUGUCCGUUUGCGUGAUAAUCUAGGCAGAAAACACCUGCAUAUGUGCGUGUCUGCGGGAAAUUCAAGGAUGAACAGCCACCGUGUAUGCGGUUCUGGCUGUAUCCGCUAAUGAUCGGCUGGCGCCUAAUCCGUGGUGGUGAUAAGCCGACGCCAGUUUUGACGCUAUUCCGAAACACAGCGUAUGCAGGAGCCGAACAAUAAAAAUAGC